AUUCGUCCUAUACCCACCUUAAAGUAUACCAAAUGGCUUAGAAUCAUUUUAUGGGUCGAUUAAGCUACGUCCGUCUGAUAUCGGGCCUAAUUUGACCCAAGCUCCCAUACAAUGUCCCCUUCAGAAAAUGACUUGAAUGUCAAAAAUUCACAUAAUAUCGCGAUGAAAUCCAACACAAAAUAAAUAUUAUAUAAAUAUAAAUCUAUAUAUACAAAAUUUUAUCGAGAUCGUUUCAUAUUUGGCCCAAGCCCCCAUAUAAACUCUCUUUCAGAAAAUUAGUUUUUCGUCCAUAAAUUGCUUAAAUGUAUCGAAAACAAGGUUUUAUUGAAGAUAAAUACUUUAUUAUGUAAAAUAAAUCACAUUUAUAUUCAUAACUAGUGUAGAGUAUCACAUGGUCGGCCACGCCCGACAAUACUUUCUUACUUGUUUUCUUAUAUCGUCAUUAGUAUUCAUACGGCAUAGCGGAAUUAUUUUUAAAAAUAUUUUUUUCAUUUCUGCUCAUCAGUCGUUCGUCGAUGCCUCAACUAAUUAGAACCAAAUAGGCUAAAAAGAAAAAAAAAUAAUAAAAAAGAAACAAAUAAUUAAAAAAUAAUUUAUAUCCAUAAUAUUUAAUUUGGUGUCAUUGAAUAGGAUGUUGUUUUCUAAAAACUUAGAAAAAAAACUAAAAUCGUGAAAAAUAAAUUUCUUCACUCAAAAAUGCUAUACGAAAGUGGCUGUAGUCCAUUCAAACCCGAUACUAAUCGUGGUUAUUGGGUUAAUCCAAAUGAUUUUAUUUAUGCUGGUCUGGGUUUGGCCUUUCGAUUGGAUAUGUUUUCACUGCCUUGGUUCUAUAUAUUGGAUUCAAAUAUUAUUUCCUUUUUUAUUGUUUACCUAAUCGCUUUAUUCAUCUAUAUACCAUUUAUUGUAAUACAAUCAUUUUUGGGUCAAUUUUCAAGUAGUGGUUUCAUCUCUGCUUUCCGUGUAACUCCUCUUUUUAAAGGUAUUGGUUAUAUUACGCUGGCCCUAAAUAUUUGUGUACUUUCAUUUUAUAGUAAUUACGCUGUGAUACCUCUAGUCUACAUGUUUGGCUCCUUGCAGCCAACAUUACCCUGGAGCUGCGAAGGUUACAAGAAAUGGGCCAUAGAUGAUGAGACAACUAUUUGCGAUUUACCUGGAAAAAACGAGACAAUGGCUUCUUAUCCUGAUGAAUAUAUUUAUCUUAAUUAUCAUAUACCUUCAGUUUUGUAUUUUAAAUCACUUUUUAAUGAUAUAUAUCAGAUAUCAAUAAAUGAUGUUGAAUUUUCCAUGUCAUGGCAAUUGAUGGUUUGUGCCAUUUUAGUUUGGACCAUUGUGAUUAUAUUUUUUUAUAAAUUCUUCAAUACUAAACA